UCCGAGGGACCGGGGCCCGGAGGACCCGGGAUGUGUCUCCUGCUAGGGGCUGCGGGGGUCGGGAAGACCCUGCUGGUGAAACGCCUGCAGAAGCUGAGCUCGGGAGAUGGCAAGGGCGACUUGGGGGACCCUCCGCCGACGCGGCCCACAGUUGGCACCAACCUCACUGACAUCGUGGCCCACAGGAAAAUCACCAUUCGAGAGCUCGGGGGUUGCAUGAGUCCCAUCUGGUCCAGUUACUAUGGAAACUGUCAUUCGCUCCUGUUCGUGAUGGAUGCCUCUAACCCCACCCAACUCUCUGCAUCCUGUGUGCAGCUCUUGGGUCUCCUUUCUGCAGAAGAACUUGCAAAAGCCUCGGUCCUGAUACUCUUCAAUAAAAUCGACCUUCCCUGUUACAUGACCGUGGAGGAGAUGAAGUCAAUAAUCAGGCUUCCAGACAUCAUUGCUUGUGCCAAGCAGAACAUCGCCUCUGCAGAAAUAAGUGCCAGGGACGGCACUGGCUUGGCAGCAGUACUGCUCUGGCUCCAGGAGCAGCACAGAUGAGCAGCUGACGGCUGGACGGAGCAUUCUGGCUGACCCGGUGCCUGGAGACAAAGACUGACGUGACUGCCUCUGAAGAUGCGUUCUGGUGAAGCAGACGCGCCCAGUGUGUCCCUGAGUGACCGACAGGGAUCUGUGCAUUGAUCUGUGUGAGCACGUGUACAGACACUGCUGUCAUCUGGCCCCUGAAGAUGCGUUCUCUGAAGCAGACCCACCCAGUGUGUCCCUGAGUGACCGACAGGGAUCUGUGCAUUGAUCUGUGCAAGCACGUGUACAGACACUGCUGUCAUCUGGAGUAUGUCAUCUCUGGAGAAUGUCCCCAAGACUGGGAGAGGACAGAACUACAGGUGGUUGGAUGUCUUCCUGCUAUCCAGAUGAAAGUGCUGCUGGGACUGCACCAGGAAACUCUGGACCUGUGCCUGAAGGCUUUGGACUCUACUGCCCCACUGAGCCCAGAUUUUUUUUUAUUUUAUUUAUUUAUUAAAGAUUUCUGUCUCUUUCCC